AUGGCGUCCAAUUCUCUUUCAAAAGGCCAACAGAAUUUUACAACUCUUGCAAUAGCCUGUGUUGACGAAAUUAGAAUUGUCUUUAGGGAUAUUCUUGAAAGCAAGAUCAAGAUAGAUGAUCUUUACACCAAGAUCCAAUCAUGCCAGGACCUGUCAACUGGGGAUUACAAACUAGAAACAAUUCAACGUGAGAUUUGUGAGAAAGCUACUGACUAUGAGAAGUUUGAUGUUACUUUGCUGUAUAAACUGAUACGAAAUCUUUGUCUAAACCAUGAACCAAGUAAAAGAAAAGGGAAAACAUUAUCCAAAUCAAACUUGAGAAAUAUAAAAGAUGCUAUUGAGUACCUCAAAGAGUUCCGUAACGAAGCAUAUGCUCAUUUGACGUCUUCUGAGGUAUCUGAUGAAGAAUUCACACAACACUGGGAUAACUUGGAAAAACAUAUUCACAAAAUACAAACAUUUAUGGAGUCACUUGGGAAAAAGGUUCAUUAUAAAGAGGACAUUGCAUCUAUUAAACGAAUUCGUUAUUAUCAAAAUGAUUUGAACAAAUACAAAAAUCUCUUGGAAUUAAUAGUGAUAUUGUGGAAACAAUUAGAAAAUAAAGAUGCUCCGUUUAUAACAGUAGAAGGAAAUGGAGAAAUUCUUUGUGGAGAAAAGGCAUGUUUCGAGGCAGUGACAAAAAAUUGUCCAGUCAACAAUAACUGGCAAAUUACAUGGCAGAGAAUCAGGGGUAAAAUAACAGAAAUAAUCGACAUAAGUGAAAAGAAAUACGAUGGAAGUUCCAGUAAAAGGCUAGUUAUACCCCGGGUUUCAAUGGAGGAUGAUGGAGAAUAUCAGGCCGUGAUAGCAACAGUACAUAAAGGAACUCUUUCCUAUGUAACAAGUAACAGUUUUCGUCUGGAUGUCAUAGGAGAUCCCCCAAAUCUGGAUAUAAAAGAGGCAAUCACAGGUAUAGAUAUCACCAUUCUUUAUAAUAUAGAAAACACAUCUCCAGUAAUAGAGAAAAUAGAGUGGACCAAAGAUAAAAAGCGUUUAGAGAUGGAUCCAACUAAGUAUAAAGGUGGUGGAAUUACAGAUAAUUAUCUUGAAAUCUUGUCUCCAUCAGAGAAUGACGCCGGUGAAUACAAAUGUACAGUUUCAAAUGCUGUGGGAUCAGUUGUGAAGCAAAUAGUUCUAGCUGUCGCAUCUGUAGAAAUUUGCAAAGAACUGAAAGUUCCUUUGGGUGGCUGUGCCACGAUUGAAUCCAGCAUACAAUCAUGCCCUUCACUGAAAGAAGUAGUAUGGCAAAGAAGUAAAGAUGGAAAACCUGAGAAUUUUAUGACCAUAGACAUCAAUGAUGUUACAUAUUUUGGAAGCAAUUCGGAUAAGAAUAAACCUACACUAGAAAUAAGAAAUGCAUCCUAUGGGGACAAUUUAUAUUACCGCCUAAAAGUCGCAAAUGGAAUUGGCAUUACUACAAGCAAUGCAGUUAUUGUGGAAUUAGUUGGAGAUUAUCCUUCUGUGUUCACAUAUCAUGAAACUAAAACUCGUGAUAUGAGCGUUAAACUCCUAUGCAAAGUCUCCCUUUCGGAGGGUUCACCAGAGGUAACAAACGUUGUCUGGACAAAAGACAAAAAGGACAUCGAAAUAUCAAGUAGUGGGGGAAAAUUUGGUGAAGAAAACACUGAGGAAUUUUCGCUAUUAAUACACAAAGUCAAUGCAAACGACGCUGGGGAAUAUCAAUGCCGUGUCUCGAACAGUGUGGGGUGUAUGUAUGGAAAUCCAAUUUAUUUGGGUAAGCUUAGCUUGUCGUAUUGUGAUACAGAAGACAAUAAGAUCAUGUUUACAUAUAUGAGCAUAAACAUAAAUUAA